AUGUAUAAUUGUUUACGAAAUUCGAGACUAAAAGGGCGCUUGGUGGAUGAUUACACGGAGAAUUGUGGUGGCUUUCAAGUCAAAGACUUCGUCAAUAAACCUAUCUAUGAUGUUGUUGGCGAUGAUGUAUCGUCUACAAAACGCACCUAUGAUGGGGAUCCAAAAAUUGGCGUCAAAGAUGAUGGAUUUAAUGAUGUCAAAAAUGAUGGAUUUGAUGAUGUUGUUUCCAACGCGGAGAACAUCGAUGAUUAUUUCAACACACAAGACGUUGACGAUAACGACAAAGCCGUGGCAAAUAAAAUCGACGAUGUAAAUGUUUUUGUAGCUGUUGUUGAAGAUUGUGAUUCACAUGAUGAUCCAAGUCAAGACGAAGGCGCUAGCUUUGAUGUUACAAAAGUCGAUGAUCUAGUUGAUAAUGUUAAUCCCUUAGAUGUCUUCUCUAAUGUCUUUUCUCCGGUUGAUGAUGGUUGUGAAGAAGACGUCUACAACACGGAUUUUAUCGGAAAUCAAGUGGUGGAAUACAGAAGACUUUCGUCAAUUCAAUAUGAAGUAGUCAUCACUAAUCAUGACAAGGAGUUAGAUCUCUGUAACAAGAUCUAUGGUACUUUAAUUUCUAAUAGCUAUAAAGAGGAAAAUCCUUGCUAUGUUGAUUCUUACAGAGAGAUAACUGAAGUUGAGUGUGCAAAACCUUUCAUAUUUUCUCGUCAUUGUGGGUUAACUAGACAAGAUUCACAUGUGAGCUACAAAACUAAUAAAACAGAUGAGGGAGUAUAUGUGUGCAGCUCACAGAUGGAGUUUAUGAAUUGGGCUUUUGGAAGAGAAGAUCCAAUUACAAUUUCAUUGUGUUGUAAAAGUGACGUUUCUGAUGUUUACGGUGAAGACGUAAAUGUCAUAUAUCACACUGAUAUUUUUUCUAGCAUGGGAGCUUUGCUUACAAUGGUGGCUUUAUGUGUUGAAAAUAUUCUAAUGGUGAGGCUAUUAACACAUGAGAUUAACGAUGUGUCGUCUGCGGUCACCAAUGCUAUGAGUUUUCUUCUCAAUGUGUAUGGAGCCAUAAUUACAGCAACUUUUGAAAGAAGAGGAAUAUUUCUGUUGUUGUUUGAUGUGCGCCACGAGCCAAAAAGUGGCCGGAGUAACGUAUUUGAUACUAAGCGUUGCCAUGAUUUAGUACAAGAGACAUCAUCCUCGAUCAAUCACCAAUGUCAAGAAGAGAUGGAAUGGUGCAGUCAAGUGGCAGCGUUGAUCGCAUCACUUCGGAGCAGAAUGAGCCAGUAUUGGUGGGAUAGUUCCUCACAAGAAGACUUGUUGAUACUAAGCCGUCAGCGGCCACUAGGGAAUUACAAGAUCAAAUCCAAAGUCAUAGGUGGUUUUCUCAUGCAUGUUUUGAGGUCUUCUAUGGGGUUCUCAAUUCGAGUCAUGACUUGUCGUAGAUGGAAGGAUAGUUUGUUAUAUUGCGGUAACAACAACUCUGGGGAACUAUAUGAGGAGCACACUGAUGGUGAAAAAUAUCACCUUUUGGUUGUUGUGGGUUCUUUUGGCGGUGUAGUUAUGAUUGGUGGCUUGUCAAAAGUCCAUAUUUUGCAUCACCACCAGGUUCUCGUCAACAUGGAGUCAUCAAUGGUUCAUGUGAUUUUUGUGCUGCUUCAUCAUGUUUUUUGGAUGGUGUUAGUCUUCCCGACUACAUCGAUUUCAAGAGAGUCUCGGGCGUCUUUUAUUUGUUGGAGUGAAGUUGCUUGCGAAUCAAGAAAACUGUUGACUUGUGGAAAGUUAAGCUUCGUAGUGGCUUGUUUCUCUACAAAUGUUCGUUUCUUGGUGGGUAAGGAGACUACAAAUGCGCUUGUUCUUGCAUUGAUGUUGAAGUUACAUGCUCUCAGCUUGGAUAUUAACUCAUCAUCACAUACUCUACCGAAGAUCACACACGGAAUGUUCAAGAAGAUAUGGCUUUGUUUCUUGGGUGACAGUAAACGUUGGGAAGAAAAGUGUUGUUGGGCCGAAUUUGCAAACACGUUUAGCUAUGUCUCUGAACACGUUAAUGUAUUCAACACCAUCCUGAUCAAGAUUCGCGGUGGAAUCUUCUCCUAUAGGGGGAAAACAACUAAUGCAAUGGGAUUUUGGAACAAUCAAUGGAACCACUUGCAGCCCUCGUGUGCUCUGAUUAGAAAGCAAUAUACAAGUGAUGUGAAGACGAUCUCUCCUGCAAAUCAAGAAGAAGAAGAUUUGGAGGGCAUGAUGCAGCGCAUCAAGAAGACGAAUGCAGUCAAUGUUGUGUUCAUGUGGAAGUUACUUGAUUUCAGCUUGGAUAUGCCGCCGACAAUUGAAUGGAGAGAAAAGAUCUGUGAGGUGAUGAGUUUAUCCAAAGAGACAGCGGAUAUCUUGGUCACAUGUGUUCAAAGAAUCUUGGACUCCACGAUUGUUUUAACAAAGGCUUUAUAUGGAGGAACUCCUAGCAAAAGAAACGCCAUGAAGUUCUUACUCGAAAGUAUUAUGAAUUGGUGGACAAAGGAUAUCUUCAAGAUUUAG